AUGUCAUCAGCCACAAGCUCAGCAUCUCCACCGCCCACAAACCGGUCAGACAGAAGCGCCGCUCAUAUGAUGCCGAACGGUACGAGGCGAUGCGUGCUGAAGUUGACAAGCUCAAAGCCAUCGGCUUUAUCAGGGAAGCUACGUACCCUGUCUGGCUUGCCAACUCAGUCAUGGUUCGGAAGGCCAAAGGAGGAUGGCCGGAUGUGUCAGGAUUACACCGACCUGAACAAGGCUUGUCCGAAGGACAGUUUCCCCUUGUCGAGAAUCGACCAGCUCGUCGACGCUACCGCUGGACACGAGCUGCUAAGCUUCAUGGACGCCUACUCAGGAUACAACCAGAUCUUUAUGGACCCUGCUGAUCGAGAGCAUACGGCAUUCAUCACCGACCGCAGUUUGUACUGUUACAACGUCAUGCCCUUCGGCUUGAAAAACGCGGGAGCAACUUACCAGCGGCUCGUCAACCGGAUUUUUGCCAAGCACAUCGGCGGCAUCAUGGAGGUGUAUGUUGACGACAUGUUGGUAAAAAGCCGAACGGCAGGGGGGCAUCUGGAAAACUUGGCCCUUAUGUUCGGUAUACUGAAGGACUACCGAAUGAGGCUGAACCCAACAAAGUGCGCUUUCGGUGUAUCUUCCGGUAAAUUUCUCAGAUUCAUGAUCAGCCAAAGGGGAAUCGAGGCUAAUCCAGAGAAAAUCAAAGCCAUAAUAGACAUGGAAACGCCGAAGACACAGAAGGACAUUCAAAGCCUUACCGGACGUGUCGCCGCCCUAACACGCUUCAUCUCUAAGGCCACCGACAAGUGCGUGCCGUUCUUCAAAGCUUUGAAAGGGGGCAAACAUCACAUCGCGUGGACUCCCGAAUGCGACCAGGCAUUUCAAAACUUGAAAAACUACAUGAGCCAGGCACCGCUGUUAUCAAAACCGCUCCCAGGAGAAGUGCUACUCCUAUACCUUUCGGUAUCAAACACUGCCGUUAGCUCGGUACUAAUACGGAGGCCGGAAAGAGCAGAGCUACCGAUUUUCUAUGUCAGCAAGGCACUCCAAAGCGCGGAGCUUCGGUACUCACCCUUAGAGCAGUUAGCACUGGCCCUGGUCGUCUCGGCACGAAGGCUUCGCCCAUACUUCCAGGCUCACGAGAUCACUGUUCUAACAAACCAGCCCAUUCGGCAGGUACUCCAAAAACCAGAAACGUCGGGCCGAUUGGUCAAAUGGCCAAUUGAGUUGGGGGAGUUUGACAUACAGUUCAAGCCAAGGCCUGCAUAA